CCAGAAUCCCAAGAAACUGCACACAAAACGCACGGCUGUGAUGGCCAAACCUGACGGCGACUUGGCAGGCGUCGACGCGCAGCAGGACCAGCAGCCCAGCCCAGCCAUGAGCCACGGCAUGUCUCCGGCACCAAUGGCACGUCGAACGCGCGGACGAAGCAGUACGUCCGACACCAUAGACGGUGAGCAAAGCAACGACGGCAGUGACGACGUCAACGGUCGCCGCGACAGGAAACCAACGAAGAAACGUAAGCUGGGCAAAGACUCCAAGGCGGCCAAGCGAAAGCAGCCACGUGACCAGGACGAUGACGAUCUCGACGACGACGAAAGCGUUGCGGACCUCUGUGAAGUGUGCCACAUCAACGAAAACGACGACCUGUCGCUCAUUUGUGACGCUUGUGACAAAGUGUUUCACACGUAUUGCUUGAAUCCGCCGCUGGAGCAAAUUCCUCCAGGCGAAUGGGUAUGUCCGCAGUGUGUCCUCACGAUCGACCCCGAAGCUCCGCAGAAAUCGCAUGUCAACUCAGGGCUCGCGACUGAAGCUGCCUCCACGUACUCGCCUUCUCCUUCGCUGCAUCGCGCGUCGUCAGCAGAGAUACCCGCGUUUCCAGCCGCCCUGCUCCGCGACUCGCCCCAGCGUCUGACCGAACCGUCGCCAGUGCUCCGACCUCUUGCUCCGGCCCCCGCCGCCUUGGCUCUUCGCCCCAUUCGACCUCAGCAGUCUCCUCCUCGACACGAUCAGCCGUUGCCAGCAGCACCUUCGUCGUCGAACGGAUUUUUGCCGUCGUCGUUUCAUCACAGCGGCGACUUGCAUCAACCGUCCCGCCACUCGCCGCCGCCGUUCGAUGCUGUGGGGGACCUCCAGGAACAGAACCACCAGUUGCAACGAGAAAACCAAAAACUGCUGGAUUACAUUGAUCGCCAAACCCGGCGCAUCGAAGAGCUGGAAGAGGCGCUUCGGGCGAUGCAGUACAAGAACCGGAAACUGGAAGGCCAACUCGUGGACGCCCAAGCCCAACUAGCCCAUUCCGCGUACCACCAUGGACCAACUUACGUUUCCCAGGGGUAUCUCCCACGCCCGGACGACGCUGACUACCGCGCCUCGACACUGUAUCCCCUGCGCGUCACCAACAAUGGCAGCAGCCACCACCCGCUGCGGCGCGUCAGUGAUUUUCCCCACCAAUCAUACCGCGACGACGACUAUGCUGUCCGCAGUAGUGCAGCAGACGACUCGUCGGCCCGAAGCCACCACCACCACCUGCAGCCGCACCAACUUCAUGCCAAGUCUAGCAGAACCCACGACGACCCGUCGUACUAUCGAGAUGCCAAACCAUCGCUGUUGUCCAAUGGCAGCUUUCCAUCGACUGCUGCUAUGCCGUACCCUCCGUCUGCGUCCGCGUCGUCGGUGCCGUACUCGCAGCCUCCUGUGUAUCAAAAGAGCAGCGUGUCCAAGCACCUCUCCAAUCAUCACCACCACAUGUCGUACCCCCCGACGUCGCAUCAUUCAACGUACCAUGCGUCGGCGCCCCGUCGAGGGAGCGACGGGUACAAGGCGCACACGCAAUUGCCACCCCCUCCAAUCUACUUUCGCCACCACGAGGCGACCAACGCCGCCGCCACGGACUCGUUUUUGCCGCGCCCGCCGCUGCCAGACUUGAAGGCGGAGCAAGAGCCCCCUCCCCCUCUGUCCAAAGUUGCCAUCCCCGUAUACAGCUCGGACGAAGAGGACGAGCCUACAAGAGAUGCCCGUCGUCGGCCCCAGGAUGACCACGAUGACGACGCGGCCAACGUACUCAGCUCCAUGAAACGCACCGAAGCGUCGUCGGAACGGUUGAACAUGUCGACACCGACUGCCACGGACGCCGCGAACGCCGCCGCAUCGACGCUGGCAAUUCUGAAACCGACAGACGACGAAGUAGAGGAAGAAGGCGUCGCGAGCGGUGGCCAUCGCAUUGGGCUGUACACGCCGCGCAGCCGGCGACUCAUGCUGGAUCGAUACCUUCUCAAGCGUUCCAAAGUAAUAGUUUUCAAUUCAUGAAAGUUCACGUUGUGAUGGCCCCAAAUGUAGCGAUUGUCUCGACACAAAUGGUUCAAGUACCCCGUGCGGAAGACUCUGGCGGACACGCGGCCACGAGUGAAAGGGCGAUUUGUCAAGCACGACUUGAUCGAGGAUGAGGACGGGGACGUGUCGCCGCCGCGCAAGGGCUCGUCGCGCGACAAGGCCAACGAUGAGUUCGAGGCCAACAUGGCUGGCUUCGACUACAUCCAGGCGUUUGCGCUAUGUGUAAAGGAGUCGAAAGAUGCUGUGGACAGCGUCGUGAUUGACAUUUUACGCAACAAGCAGCGCAAGGGCGAGCUCAUCUCGUGGGACUCGUACGUGUUGACAAUCGGCACUUUGCCCUUCACUUUGCACUUUGUAGAUGGACGCUUGGACUGGAGGCGUCGUUGACGGCGUUGCUGCCGCGGGAGUAUGCCACGUCCCCGUUCCCGGCCAUCUUUGGCGAGCUCGUCUACAUCUUGGGGGACGCGGAAGAAGAUGCAAAUCAAGCCAACUUUUGCCGCGCGCUUCAAGCUGGCGCGAUCUACGUGGCCGUGUGUUUGAGUUUGUUUACAGCCACCCAUUCCCCCAAGGCGUACGAGAGCCGGUUGUCGCCGAUUCUAAGUCACUACAGCCACACGACCAAAAAGCUGUGGCAGGUCGAACCCAACGUCCAAAAGAAGCACACGUUUGCCAUGAUGAAGUCGAUUGUAGACGGCAUCGCAGGGGUCAUUGCCGUGGGGUACCACGACGGCAAACAGUAUCUCAAACCGGUGUCGGUGCCGCAGAUCCUCGACGACGGUACCGUGUCGGAAGGCAGCGCGUCGUCAUAAUACGUAUGGCGUUAAUGUACAGUACUUGUUAAUAUUAUAUUCAUCCCCACCACCA